AUGAUAGAUAGCAUUAAAUCUUCAUCAGCAAAUAGUCAUAUGAAGAAGCACCUAGAGGUAAUGUCAGCAAGAAAUCCCUAUGUAGCAUUUAUUAUGAAAUUCCGUUUGAUGACUAUGACCAGUAUUUCUCGUAGUCUCCGCUACUCCAUGGUCUGGCUGCAGAAGGAGCCAGAACAUGGGACUGACAGAUUUGUUUUAUAUGAAGUCCUCCAAUGUGGUGACGUGGAAAAUUAUAAAAAACGGACAAAUGCAGAUGAGCCACCCCUGUAUUAUGUAACUAUUGAGGAGACUUCUGAUGCCAUCAAACGUGGUCAUAUUGCAACAGGACAUGGUGGGCGUGACCGUAUGAUUAAGGAGUUACAACGAAAAUAUGCCAACAUCACAACAAAGGCCUUGGAGCUCUUCAAAUCACUGUGUGAGGAAUGUCAGAAGAAAAGGAAAAGACCAAUGACCAAGGGUGUUGUGGUGCGUCCUAUCCUCAGCAAGGAAUUUGCAUCUAGGGGCCAGGUUGAUUUGACUGACAUGCAAUCAAUGCCACACUCCAACUUUAAAUUAAUCAUGGUGUGCCAAGACCAUCUCACCAAAUUCGGCAUUCUUCGUCCUCUUCAAACCAAACGUGCUGCAGAGGUUGCCUUCCAGCUUGUAGAUAUCUUCCUUCUCAUGGGUGCCUCUGCUGUUCUUCAAAGUGAUAAUGGCUCAGAGUUCACAUCCAGGGUGAUUACUGAGCUAAAAGAAAUAUGGCCAAGUCUCACCAUGGUUCAUGGGAAGCCCCGUUAUUCAUUAAGGAUAUGGAUAAAGUACUCUCCAUACUCUGCCAUGUUUGGUUGUGAAGCCAGAGUUGGCCUGACUUCUUCACCUCUACCCACAGAAGUUGUCUCAAGGUUGGAGAGUGAGGAUGAUCUCAUAGCAUUUAUGUCAGGAGAUGAUACAACAACAACAGGUUCUGCUGCAAGUUCUACUGGUUCAGUGACCACUAGCGAAGCGACUACAAGUGACAAAAAUUAUUUAUUGACCUCUGAAGUGACUGAGGCACUUUCUGUUGAUGCCAUUGUUCAAACUCCUCAAACACUUCAAGAUCACCAAGAUCAAAUUCAAAAACGUAGAGUGGAAGCAUGCAGAGGGCAGGUAUCCCAAGCUGAGAGAAUGGUCAAACGUAGUCGCUUAGACUUUAAAGUUGGUGAGCCUGGUGACAAUGUUGCUGUCCCAAUUCCAGCUGUGGAUCGUGGUAGAGGAGAUCCGCGGAAUAUCCUGGGUGUUAUUGUCAACAGAGAUUUGGACAAUGACCAGUAUAAGAUCGCUGUUAAGUCGGGUGUUCUAAAGGGUCAGUAUUCUAGAAACCAGUUUGACCUCUGCCCCCAGCGUUUGCUGACAGAAGAUGACGUAAAUCAGGAUACUGCAGUGUCACUUCGAGAAGCUGUUAUUGCACAAUCUGCAUGUGGUGGUCAGGGAUUCACUAGAUGCAACUGUAGUGGUCUGAAGUAA